CCCUGGGCUGGGGCGCUGGGCCUGCGGUCUUUGAGGGCGGGGGCGGCAACUCAGCCCUGGUGGGAGUCCGGAGGCCUGGUCCCCGGCUCGCCACCUCCAUUCUUCCUGGGCGUCCUCGAGUCUGUGGCUGCCUCUCUGUGACCCUAGCUUGGCAGAGGGUCGCCCUUGGGCACUCGGGGUUCCCAGCACGGCAGAGGAGUGCUUUUCUAACGUUUCUUAGCUUCCAAAUCCCGACAUACGGAAGCUGGUAAAAGCAGAGCAGAUCUGGUCAGGUCCUGAGACCGCUCAGCCCAGAGCAAUGUUGCUGAAGACAGUGCUCAUGCUGGCCUUGGUGGCCCAGGUGCUGGUCCUGGAGAAUGGGCUCCUGCGGAAGCCUCCCAUGGGCUGGCUGGCUUGGGAACGCUUCCGCUGCAACAUCGACUGCGAUGAGGACCCGAAGAACUGCAUCAGUGAGCGGCUCUUCAUGGAGAUGGCUGACCGGCUGGCACAGGAUGGAUGGCGGGACCUGGGCUAUGUAUAUCUUAACAUCGAUGACUGCUGGAUUGGUGGACGUGAUGCCAAGGGCAAUCUGGUGCCGGAUCGCAAGCGCUUCCCCCACGGCAUUGCCUUCCUGGCUGACUAUGCUCACUCCCUGGGACUGAAGCUGGGCAUCUAUGAGGACUUGGGCAACUUCACCUGCAUGGGUUACCCGGGCACGACGCUAGAUAAGGUGGUGCAGGACGCGCAAACCUUCGCCGAGUGGAAAGUGGACAUGCUGAAGCUGGAUGGCUGCUACUCAAGCCCCGACGAGCGGGCCGAGGGGUACCCCAAGAUGGCCGCCGCCCUGAAUGCCACAGGCCGCCCCAUCGCCUUCUCCUGCAGUUGGCCAGCCUACGAAGGGGGCCUCCCCCCAAAGGUGAACUACACCCUGCUGGCAGACAUCUGCAACCUCUGGCGCAACUUUGAUGACAUCCAGGACUCCUGGAGGAGCGUGCUGUCCAUCCUGGACUGGUUUGUGAUCCACCAGGAUGUGCUGCAGCCGGUGGCCGGCCCGGGGCACUGGAACGACCCAGACAUGUUGCUCAUCGGGAACUUUGGCCUCAGCUUCGAGCAAGCCCGAGCCCAGAUGGCCCUGUGGACGGUGCUGGCGGCCCCCCUGUUCAUGUCCACGGACCUGCGCACCAUCUCUGCCCAGGACAUAGACAUCCUGCAGAAUCCACUCAUGAUCAAAAUCAACCAGGAUCCCUUAGGCAUCCAGGGACGCAGGAUUCUCAGGGAGAAAUCCCACGUUGAAGUGUACUUGCGGCCCCUGGCCAGUGAGGCCAGUGCCAUCGUCUUCUUCAGCCGCAGGACGGACAUGCCUUACCACUACCACUCCUCCCUUGCCCGCCUGAACUUCAGCAGCUCCGUGGUGUAUGAGGCCCAGGACGUCUACACGGGUGACAUCAUCAGUGGCCUCCAGGAUAAAACCAACUUCACGGUGAUCAUCAACCCUUCUGGGGUGGUGAUGUGGUACCUGUACCCCAUCAGGAAGCUGGGGAUACCCCAGCAGUGAGGGGCUGGGGCCAGUGACAGGCUGUGGCGGCACCACCGAGCCUGGACCACGGAGGGUCCAUGUGCUGAGGGCCAGUGCAGUGGGGUUCUCUGCUACCCAGGCCCGCUCGGCGACCCGACCUCAUCAGACUCGGGGUGCAAGCUGAGGGCCAGGUCCCGCGCCCUGCCGGAGCGUGAACUCUCCAGGAAACUUGUCUCGGGGAGACUUCCUGUGGCUUUGUGGGCCUCUACGUUGUCUGCACAGCCCUACAGAUACCGCUGACCAGCCCGGUCAGCCUCCCCUGUGGGGACAGGCAGGGACAUGAGGAUCUGUCAGGACACGAGCCUCGGACCUUCUGUUUGUUGACUCUGAAAUCAGGAAUUUUGGGAAUUUUUCUUGUAAUUAGGAGUGGAGCUCUGAUCUCUAGUCAGGAACCCCCAUGAAUUAUGUGAUUGACUUUCCUGCCCGGAGAGGGCCUUGCAGGCUGACACGGCCUGGGCUCCUUCGGGUCACCAAUAAAGCUGUUCUUCUGUCAA